AUGGCCGGCUACCACACAGACAGCCCGUCACCCUCCGAGGGGACUGAAAAACCAGAUUACCAUGCCCAGCAGCGAGCUCUCUCGCCCGUCGAAGCCACACACGUUGGAGGCACCCAAUUUGAAGAUGGGUCGCGACUCCAUCGGGGGCUCAAGGCUCGUCACAUCACUAUGAUCGCCAUCGGAGGCGCGAUAGGCACUGGCUUGAUUAUCGGUACGGGCCAGGCACUCGCCCGUGCAGGCCCUGGAUCGAUCUUCAUUUCAUACACGGUUGUUGGAUUUGUGGUUUACCUGGUCAUGUGCGCCCUGGGCGAAAUGGCCGCCUGGCUCCCAUUGCCCUCCGGCUUCACUGGCUACGCAAGUCGCUUUUGUGAUCCUGCUCUCGGUUUCGCUCUCGGCUAUACCUACUGGUUCAAAUACAUCAUCGUCACGCCAAAUCAGCUUACGGCUGGCUCGCUCGUCAUACAGUACUGGGUCGACCGGGAUACGGUCAAUCCUGGAGUGUUCAUCGCCAUAUUCUGGGUAGCGAUUGUUUGUAUCAACUACUUCGGCAUCCGCUUUUUCGGGGAGUUCGAAUUCUGGCUUUCGAGCAUCAAAGUCGUCGUCAUCGUUGGAUUGAUCAUCCUGUCCCUGGUCUUGGCCUUGGGAGGCGGACCUGAUCACGACCGCAAAGGAUUCCGGUAUUGGAGCGACCCCGGCGCGUUCGCAGAAUACAUCGACGAGGGCGCCACCGGCCGAUUCCUGGGUUUCUGGUCGACGAUGGUGACGGCGACGUUCGCGUAUCUCGGCAUUGAGCUUGUGGGGGUCACCGCCGGCGAGGCGCAGAACCCCAGGAAGACGAUCCCGCGGGCCAUCAAGCUCACCUUCUACCGGAUCGUGUUCUUCUACUGCCUGUCGGUGCUCCUGCUGGGCAUGCUCGUCCCGUACAACUCGGAGGAACUGGCGUUUGCGACCAAGGCGUCCAGCUCGGCGUCUGCGUCCCCGUUCGUGGUCGCCAUCAAACUGGCGGGCAUCAAGGCGCUCCCCGGCAUCGUCAACGCGUGCAUCCUGCUGUUCGUCUUCUCGGCGUCCAACUCGGACCUCUACAUCGCCAGCCGGACGCUGUACGGCCUGGCCAGCGAGGGGAACGCGCCCGCCAUCUUCCGGCGGACCGACAACCGCGGCGUGCCCCUGUACGCGCUGGGCCUCUCGGCGGCGUUCGCGCUGCUGGCCUUCAUGAACGUGUCGGACGACUCCAAGACCGUCUUCGGCUACUUCGUCAACCUCGUCACCAUCUUCGGCCUGCUCACGUGGAUCUCCAUCCUCGUCACCCACAUCUACUGGGUCCGGGACCGCCGCGCCCAGAACGUCCCGGACACCGCCCUCGCCUACAGGGCCCCGCUCGGCGUGGCCGGGUCCUACGGCGCCCUGUUCAUGUGCAUCCUCAUCGCCAUCACCAAGAACUACAGCGUCUUCGUCCACUCCGACUCCUACGGCGACUUCGACUACAAGAACUUCGUCACGGGGUACUUGGGCAUCCCCCUGUACCUGAUCCUCAUCUUCGGCUACAAGCUGUGGACGAGGUCCAAGGGCGUCAAGCCCCACGAGGCGGACCUGUGGACGGGCAAGGACCUGAUCGACCGCGAGGAGGAGGAAUUCCUCGCGGCGAAGCACGCCAGGGAGGCCGAAAAGGGAGGCAAGCGAGGGGGCAACUGGUUCUACAGAACAUUUGUAUCUUGGCUAUUUUAG